AUAUGUAGUUGGGAAAGAGAGCAAUGAGCGCAAAAUGGCCAGUCCAAAUCUGAAGGCUGAACGAAUAGCAAAUAUAGUCACUAGAGUCGAGGAAGAUGGCCAAGUAAAGAGUGGGAAUAGGGUGAGCUUCCAAGUGUAAUAACGACAGAAAUACGGAAAGAGAAACAACAUGUUCGUUGGAAAGGAACAAAGAAACCGAAAAGCUGGUGGAACAGGGAGAUACGAGAAGCGAUCGCAGAACGACAGAAAGCAUCUCGAGAGCACAGGCAGGCAAAGAAGGCGCAGUUGCCGCAGGAUGAAGUAACCAGUAAAUGGGAAAUAUACCGGGAGAAAAAGUCUAUGGAUUAAAUACUGGUGCAAGCAAAAUUAAAAGGGGAAAGCGAACGUUGGUUGUCAGAAAUACGUGAGAAAAAGAAGGUCGCACCUAGAAUAUUUGGAACCAGAUAAAAUUAUUAGGCAGGAAGUCAGCAACAAUACAACAACAUAUCCUAGACGAAGAUGAAAACAGACUGGAAGGAGAAGUGGCAAUAAAUUACAUCCUAAAAAUAACAGCCGAAUCUUUCCAAGGCAAUGACGAGGUUGUAUUUGAAGAAAAAAAGAGCAUGAGAGAGACCCAAGUGGAAAAGGAGCUGGUGCUGACAAAUUUCAACUGGAAGAAAGCGCAAGAGGAAAUUCCUAAGCGCACAGCCACAGGGCUAGACGAGGUUCCCGUUAGGCUGAAUAAUGAACUAGGACCAACAAGUAAGGAAGCUCUGGUGAAAGCAGUGGAAAAAACUUUAAAAGAUAGACGAAUACCAGACAGUUGGCGACAAAAAAGAAUGAAUUUAAUUUAUAAAGGGAAAGGGGGAGAAAGAUAGAAUUCACUCGUUUACGGACCGUUGACCAUUACAUUGGUAAUAUACAGGCUAGCAGUGCAGGCAAUCAAAUUAAAGCUUCAAACUUGGGCAGAGAAUAAUGGCAUUUUGGGAGAACUUCAGUAUGGCUUCAGAAUAGGUAGGCGUUUAGAUGAUAACUUAUUUGUUCUUACUCAGUGUAUUGAAUUAUCAAAAGUAGAAAGCAGACCGUUAUAUGUGGCCUUUUUAGACAUUACAGGAGCCUAUGACAACGUAGACCAUAACAUUUUGUGGGAUAUGCUGAAAGGGGAAGGCUUAGGUGACGAUUGUCUACAGCUUUUGAGAGAGAUUUAAAUAGAAAAUACCGUUUGCAUUGAAUGAGAAGGGAUGAGGAGCGAGGAGAAAGUUCAUGUCAACAAGGGACUGAGACAGGGGUGCUCUUUAUCCCCGCUGCUGUUUAUGAUGUACAUGGUGAGGAUGGAGAGGGCGCUAGAAGGAAGUAAUAUCGGGUUUAAUCUCUCAUACAAACAGGCGGGUACAGUAGUUGAGCAGCAGCUCCCCGGUUUAUUUUAUGCGGAUGACAUUGUGUUGCUUCUAGCUAACAAGCAAAGUGAUUUGCAACGUCUGGCUAAUAUCUGUGGACAGGAAGGCAACAAUUUAGGUUUUAAAUUUAGUGUUAGAAAAUCAGAUGUUAUGGUAUUCAAUGAAAACAGUGAACAGACAGUGGAGAUACAGGGCCAGAAUACCUCGGGCAACAGAAUAUAAAUAUCUUGGUAUAUGGAUAAACGAGGGCAAUAGAUAUGUGGAAACACAGGAAAAAACAAUGACAAUGAAGGGGAAGAGAAAUGCAGCCAUAAUGAAGCACAGAGCGCUAUGGGGAUACAGUAGGCAAGAGGUCCUCCGAGGUAUGUGGAAAGGUGUAAUGGUUCCAGCACUUACUUUUGGAAAUGCGGUUGUUUGCUUUACAUCAGGGGUACAAUCAGAAAUCGAUGGGAACCAAAGGUCAGUGGGUCGCCUCGCAUUGGGCGCUUACAGGAAGACUACAAAUGAAGCUGUGAAGGGUGAUAUGGGCUGGACUAGUUUUGAAGUGAGGGAAGCUCGCGGAAAAAUUGAGUACGAAGAACGCCUGAGGAAUAUGGAAGAAAGUGAAUGGGCUGGGAGAGUUUUCAGGCAUCUGUACAGGAAAAACAUUGAUUCACAGUGGAGGAAAAAAAGGAAGAAGCUUACCAGCAAGUAUGUGGCCUGUAGGGUGGGCAACACAGCAACAAAGACGGUCAAGCGGAAAGUCAGAGAGGCUGAAAUAAUCUCAUGGGUGGCGGCAAUGGAAAGGAAACCUGCCAUGAGUAACUACUUAAGAGGAAAAAACGAAAUCAGGAAAGAAACAAUUUAUGAUAACUCAAGGGAAGCUCAUUACUUUUCGAAGCGAGAUCGGGAUGCCUUAGAACACGCACCUAUAAGGCGAGAUAUAAGAAGGAACAAGAAGCAUGUGCUUGUUGCGGUAAAGCUAGGGAAACUGUGGAGCAUGUUUUAUUAGAAUGUGAAGACGUCUACCCAGCGGGCGAUUUAGGAACCACUGGCUUCCUUGAAGCCCUUAGGUUCAGCGGGAGCAGCAGAAAAUUAAACAUGUCCGCAAUAGGCAUUAGUAAGAGGCCAUUGGAGGAUUGGUGGACGAAAAGCAGGGAAACGACAAAAACGGAGACGUGCAAAAGCACAGUUAGCAAUAGGGGACCAGAAAAUUUGGGUGUGGGAGUUUAUAGUGUUUAUAUUUUUAUUUUUUAUUCUUUAACUUAGGUGGGACAUUAGGCAGUAUAAUAGCAAGGGCUUGGUGGCGCAACCCACCGCCCUGUUCCAAAGGGGACGCUCAUAACAUCCAUCCACCCAUCCUUUUAGGCACCCUACAUCCGCGCCCACUGCCUCACCGCAUGGGCAGCCAGCGGCUGAGCGUAAACAAACUCCACCGCACUCCGCAAUGCCGGAAUGUCUGAAAACAAACGACUACAACGCGUGCUAAGAAACCUCCUCCGUAGUGCCGAAGCAGAGUCAUAUAUUCAAGGAGCAAAAGCCCCGAGAUUUUCUCUCUCGAGCCCGCUCUCACUCGCGCUCGCCGUGGCGCUUCGGGGAAAAAGUACCUAGAAACGAGGUGCACGCGAGCGGCGCAUGGUGGCGCAGCGGCCGAGCACUGGGCCAUACUGGGCUUUUGCGUAAACAGAAACACGCUGCCGCGGCACAUGCAAGGACCGACAGAGUGGGAAUUGAAGCGCACUUUCUGGAAGCCCCUGCCGUAUGGGAACGCGUGGGAAUGACCAGUCCGUGCUGCACCUGUGCGCGCUCCGAGGCGACUGGUCCGACAUCCAGCCUGGGUUGCUGGAGUCGGGAGCACUGGAGGUGCAGGAUUGGCUGGGGCGGACUCCGCUCUUUCUCUGCGUCAUGCUGGGGGACAGCCAGGGGGCGCAGCUGCUGCUUCGUGCUGGGGCCAGGUCUGACCACGGCGACCAUGCUGGCCAGACGCCUCUGCACUUAGCCGCACGCAAGGGCCACCGGAGCCUGGUACGCCUUCUGCUGGCUGCAGGUGCACCUUGGGCGAGGGGGGAUGUGCAUGGAUGCACUCCCCUGCACUGUGUGGUAGCAGCGGCAGCCAGCUGGCCUGCACAGCUGGCACGAAGCAUCCUAGGCAUGCUGCUCGACUGCAUGGAUGUCAGCCAAGUGGACCUGCAGGACAAGUUGAAGCAAACAGCACUACACAAGAGCGCCCUUGUCUGUCACUUGGAGAACAUGUUGGCGCUGCUCAAGAAGGGUGCGAAUGCGUUGAUGCAAGACGUGGAUGGUCGCACUGCGCUUCACCUGUGCACGGCCUCUUCUCAGCUGGCUGCAUUGGGAUGCACCUUUCUGCUCCUGGAUGCCGAGCCGUCCUUAAUAAGCUGGCAAGAUUACCAAGGUUGCACUCCUCUUCACCUUGCUGUGGCAUCAGGUACCCUGGCUGUUAUUGAUUUACUGACUCAACGAAGCAGUGGUGAGGUGAAUGCACUGGAUGACCUCUUCCGGACACCACUGCAUUGGGCGGCGAUUUUAGGGCGUCUAGAAGUGUGCGAGCUGCUCCUUGAGAGGUCUGCAGACGGGUCCCUGACCGACCGGGCAGGGGCAACACCCUUGCAUUACGCCUGCUCCUCCUCCGGUGAGCGCGCGGGCUUGCUGGUCGCACUGUUGUUGUCACAUAACCACGGGACCGAGAAUAUGGACGUGGCCUUGCAGAGCGCUGGCCUUUCUGGCAACAUGGCGGCGCUGCGUGCCCUAAGUUGCUAUGAAAUGCACCCAGAAGCUGUAGCGGCAGCGCUGCAAGCGGCGGCUGGCAGAGGCAACCUCGAGGUGCUUCAGUGGCUGCUGGAUCACGACGGCGCCCCCGAGUCGUCGCGUCAGCUGAGCCCCUUGAUGGCGGCCGCCCGCGGGGGGCACACCAGCUGCGUGAUCGCCCUGCUGGAUUUUGGCGCUCACGGCGUUGACGCGGGUGGCCGGAAUGCCUUGCACUGGGCUGUCAUUGGUGAACAGGCAUCGACUUGCGACCUGCUGAUACAGCGUGGAUGCCGCGUUGAUGCAGCUGACAAGCAGGAUUGUACUUCUAGUGGCUGGACAAUCAAAUUCUACUGGCUGGACAGCGGUGAGAUGGACUUUGCGACGUGGUACUGUAUCUGCGACGUACAGCACUGCACUAUGCCGCCAGCCGGGGCUCGACCGAUUGCACAAGAGUCUUGCUUCAAUCGCACGCCAACCCAAACCUCACUGAUGCACAGGGUCGUACGGCGUUGCAUUGGGCAGCGCGUUGCGGCAGUUUGGCCGUGGCCGAGCUGCUGUGUGCGAAUGGAGCCCUGCUGUCUGUGCCAGACCUCACUCAUCACAGAAGGACAGCCCUGGACGAAGCUUCGAUCAGGCACGAGGAGCUCUGCCGGUGGCUGCGCGCACGAGGCGCCGUGGGUGCACAGGAGGUGCGCCGAGCUGCGGCCGUCGCCAUUCAGUACUGGUUCCGCAAGUGGAGAAAGCAGAGGAGUCUGGCCGUCACGGCACCGGACAGCUCCAGCCCGCAGCGGAAUGGGCAAGGUCGGCUAUGCGGUGGCGGGUGACCGGAGCGAUGGCGGGCACAGACGAACAAGCCUGGGGGCGGGCUCUCGCCCACUUGCAGCUGCUGCUCACCGACGUGUCGCCAAUUCCCCGAUGGUCUCCUAAAGAGGGAAACGCUCCAUCUUUUCGUUAAUUACUUUUGUUUCAUCGUAGAAAGACUAUGAUGCCUUGUUCGCAUGUCGACAGCGCAAAGGUAACUGCGCUUGGGAUGUUUAUAACAUGUACCACUUCAUGUGUAUAGAAUAAAAAAGCAGCAGUUGCAGUAGCAUCGUCAUUUGGUGUGAACACAUAGAAAGACAGCGUAGAGGAGGGGGAAGGGAGCGGGCUGGCAACAGCCACCAGACGGGGCAGAACGCCUGUCUACGAAAAAGGAGCGGGCAGAAAUGGAAGGGAAGACAGAACAAAUCUCACAAAAUACAGUGACAAAAUAAGAGUAUAGGCAGUCACCGCACGUAGCACUGGCAAAGCUAAAUAAAACAAAAUGGAAGACAUUACGAACGAGAUCUCUUCACUCGCUAACAAAAAAGACAGUCAUGUCAAGGAAAGUCGACGUGCAAGGUUAAUCUAAGAUGAUGCAAAGUUGCAUUAUUGCAUGACAUAUUUGCAUUAUUUGCAUUUUCUUCGUUUCAUUGUCAGAAUUUGCAUUUUUUUUCUCCGGACCCUCUCUUUUUCUGAUUCCCUUUCUUUCUUUCUUUCUUUUACGCGCAUGUACGUCGACGUCGAUUUGUUUCGGGUCGACUGUGGUUGGCACAUUUUUCUGUUUUGACCAAGAAGCUAGGUGUGCCCAUCAUGGAGAUAGCGCUGUCUGUGGUGAAGCGUGGGUAAAUUUCGGCUAAGUUGACGCUAAUUAAGUCCGUACCGUUAAUUUUACCAACUCCGCGACUAAUUAUCGCUUAUUGUCUCGUUCAGACCUGAAUUCUACACCUUGUGCGACUCGCAGCGAAGUUCUGGAGGCGCGAAAGGGCUGUUUUUUGACCUGGAGGCCGGAUAGAUACCAGCAUCCCACGUACCCCAAACCUGUGUGAAGUUGCCAAGAAAGUCCUCUUCAAAACUAAGUUGCAAACGGGAAGCCAAGUUAGCUUCUAGAAAACUCAGCAGGGCGAUGCGAGCUCUAUGGCGCAGAGGAGCAACCACUGCAUGGCAACAUUCAUCGAGCAUUGGCGUCCCAACUAUUUCUGGAGUGAGGAGAGGGGGGGAGCAAACUGGGAAACCAUCGUAUCCCCUCUCUUUUUCUAUAUAUUGGCACGUGUACUUGUUUUUAUCGGGCGACACGUUUCACCGCCUAACAAAUGUUAUCGCACAGCGCAGGACGCGCCUGCAUGUAUCGGAAGUUUCUGGAAUGUUAUCGAUGCUUCCAUCCGCUGUCUGUGACCGAACCUUGUGUAAUCUGAUCGCAUGUGUGCGCCACGCGAAUAAUGUAGAACCUUGUGUGGAAGGCUCGCGGGUCCCAGCGAUUACUCUGAAACAUUGGACGACUGAUGUAUAAAAGCCGACGUGCUUGACCCGCUCAUCCGAUUUUGACGAUCGCCGACUGUGUUCGCCGUUGUCGCCGUUCUUUAAGUGUAGCCUGCUUUUGUGGGCACAGGUUCGCCCAAUAAAAGUUAGUUUCGUCUUUCACA